AUGACAGAAUCCACCGCCGAUCCCACCACUAAUCCCUCCAGCCCCUAUUACCUACAUCCUGGAGAAAAUCCUGGCAUUACCCUCAUUUCCCAGAUCCUCACUGAGUCUAAUUACUCAUCAUGGAGCAGAAAUUUAAAACGUGCUCUUCUAUCAAAAAACAAGUUCAAAUUCAUUGAUGGCAGCAUUCAAAAGCCUGCCAGGACUGACAAAUUAUUUGAAGCUUGGGAAAGAUGUGAUACUAUGGUUCUUUCUUGGAUAAUCAAGACCUUGUCACCCCAAAUUGCUGACAGUGUUCUGUAUGNAGACACAGCUCAAGAACUGUGGGAAGACCUCAAAGAACGUUUUUCUAAAGGUGAUUACUUCAAAAUUUCAGACCUUUUACAAGACAUACACUCUAUAAAACAAGGCGAACAAAAUAUUAAUCACUAUUACACUGAUUUAAAAAUACUGUGGGAGGAACUUGAGUCUCUUCGCCCUAUUCCCACUUGCACCUGCCCUGACCCAUGCGUCUGUGAUCUUUCCAAAAUAUCCCUCAGAUACAGAGAGAAUGAACAUGUUAUUUGUUUUCUAAAAGGUCUCAAUGACACCUAUCAAACUGUUCGUACCCAAAUCCUCCUCAUGGAGCCCCUUCCCAACAUCAACAAGGUUUUUUCUCUGCUAAUGCAACAGGAAAGACAACAUCAGGACAGAGGAGGCACAUCUGACACAUUCAAGAUUUUAGCCAGCACAUCUGACAAAACUAAUUGGAGAGGCCAAGGCCGUGGCAUCAGUUCACGGGGACAANGACGGGGCAGAGGUAGAAAUCCCAAUUAUGGGAAACAAUGUGCNCAUUGUCACAAGAUGAAUCACACUAUUGAUGAGUGUUACUCUAAACACGGCUUUCCACCAUGGUAUAAGAAGAAUGAUCACCAAAACAGUCAAGACAGGGGAGGACACAAUGAAUGGAGCUAUGCUAAUGCUUGCAAAGAAGAUUCAAAGUCUACCCAGACUCAAAGCACUCAUCAAGAAAACCAGAGUAAUCCUAUGCAGGUUUUUACUCCUGAACAGAUGCAGAAAUUGNUGCAAAUCAUAGAGAAUACCCAGACUCAAAAUACUCACAGCAUCAGUCAAGUCCAAAGAAACACUUCUGGAGAAAAUCAAGGUACUUUCUCCUGGAUUAUUGAUACUGGGGCCACUGAUCACGUGACCCAUGAAAAGAAAUAUUUCAUUACAUUCCAGAAAAUUAAACCUAUCACUGUUAAACUUCCAAAUAAUUCUGUGGUUACAGCUCAAUAUGCUGGAACCAUUCAAUUUUCUGAAGAUUUUAUCAUUUUAAUGUUCUAUACAUCCCUGAAUUCUCCUUUAAUCUUAUUUCUCUACAAAGCUUAA